AUGCCGAAUGCGGAUGACGGAUGGGAGGUUGCUGGAAGGGGAAAUCGAAACCGCAGGCGCUCCCGGACGGGAGCUUCACAACGCGCACAUGCACAGGCUGCGCAAUCCAAAGGUUUGAGUCACAGAAGUGAUUUCCUUGCUGGAGUGCACGCACUGUCCAAGACUGCAGAAAGCAAGAGUGAAUCAUCAUGGCUGAGUGGCAAGAUCAAGGAUUUGAGGAAGGAGGUUGGAAAGUCAACAAUGUUGAGCAACCUUCAGAGCCUCUGGGAAUCAAUGCAAAAGGGUGAUGGCUGCAUCGAACAGACAAUUGUUUAUGGCCUGGGCUCACCACAGAAAUCAUCGGCAGCAAGAUACCAGUUGUGCUUAGCUUUGGAGCUUCACAGCAUGGUGGGGAGCACCACGCUAGAGGCUUUCGACCCCAUUUUCACAGAAGUAGACAAAGAUGUCCUGGAAAAAUGUGGGGUGCAUGUCCUCACCAAUGACGAGGGCAGCAGGAAAAGGGUGAAGCAGAUGACAAUGUUCUACAUGCCCCACUGCGAGGCGCACCUUUGUGAAAGGUUGCUGGAGGCCAAUUGGAGUCCAACCAGCCUGGCAAAGUUGGUCAUAAUAGGAAACAGUUUUGGGCACUACCACCUUCUCUGGGAUUGUGCCCCUUUCCCACAGGGGUAUGACAGGCCAUCGCGGAUGAUUGGGCUUGUGGUGGAAGGUGCUGUUACACAACUGCCUUUAGAGGAAAUGGAUAUGGCUGCGGCAGCUGCGUUCAACGACACAUCCAUUCACACUUUCGAUUUGAGACGACUUCAGGCCCUGCCUCAGCUCUUUGGUCAAUGA